UUUAGUGAGUAUGAUGAAAAUCUAAGCAAUGGGAAGUGAUGAAUUUGCUGCAAAUAUGGAGGAUUGGCCAAGUACCAUGCGCGGGUUAGGGUUUGGGAAUUGGGGGUUUUUUUGUUUUUUUGAAAAACAAUGAAAAAAAUAGAAGUAAAUUGUGAAUUAUAUUCGAUGCAAAAACGCCAACCAGGCUGGCGCUUUUAGUACAACGGUAAAACGCCAACCAGGCUAGUGUUUUUACCUUCAGUCAGGGUAAAAACGCCACCUGGAUGGUGCUUUUGCUUUGACUGAAAUUUUUUAAAAAAAUUUGGGUUGGGUAAAAACGCCACCCUAAAUAACGAUUUACCCGAAAGCUUAGUUUAAUAUAUAAGUUUGCCACCCCGGUAAUUUUUACUCGUAUUUAUAUGAACACCUUUCCUUCCUACCACUAAUAGAGCAAUUUGAACAAAAAACAUGGCGACACCAUACUUCAAAAUCCCAACCAAUUACUCUCACUACCUUUCUCUCCUUUCUUCUACCAGGAAUUUGAGCUCCCUUCUCAGCAUUCAUGGCCGUUUGGUAGUUCUGGGUAUGACCCAUACCAAUUCAAUCCUUACCCAUUUGAUAAACACCUAUUCUUCACUCCAAAAAUGUGAAUUUGCUAAGUUGGUUUUCGAUUCUGUAACAAACCCAGAUGUAAAUUUGUGUAAUUCCAUGAUUAGAGCAUAUUCAAGGUCUGAUCAAUUUGAUAAAGCAUUAGAAUUGUAUAGUAGAAUGUUGGAAAGAGAAUUAGUACCUGAUAAAUAUACUUAUACUUUUGUGCUUAAAGCUUGUGCUGGUAAAUUUGACUUAAAAGAGGGUGUUAAGAUUCAUAAUGAUGUGAUUAGGAGAAAAUUGGAGUUGGAUGUGUAUAUUUCAACAGGUUUGGUUGACAUGUAUUGUAAAAUGGAUCGACUUGAUCGUGCACGGGAAGUGUUUGAUAAAAUGCCUAAGACAGAUAUUGUUUCUUGGAAUGCUAUGAUUGCUGGACUUUCAAAGGAUGGGGAUCCUAAUGAAGCAUUGGGGUUUGUUCGGGCAAUGCAACGAGUUGGGGUUGUGCCGAAUUCUGUUACAUUGCUGAAUAUGUUUCCUUGUGUUUGUAAAUUAGAGAAUGUUAGGUUAUGUAGAUUAAUUCAUGGCUUUGUGAUCAGGAGAGGUUUUCCAACUAAAGUUUGCAAUGGAUUGAUUGAUAUAUACUCUAAAUGUGGGUUUUUAGAAUAUGCUCGAACUGUUUUUGAUCAUUUGCGUGGUAGGGAUCAUGUGUCGUGGGGAACGAUGAUGGCUGGUUAUGCUCAUAAUGGAUAUUUCUGUGAAGUCUUGGAGUUAUUUGAUGAGAUAAAGGGUAAAAGUGCAGUGAUGAAUAAAAUAUCUGUUGUUAGUUCCUCUUUAGCUGCUUCUGAGUUGAGAGAUUUAGAGAAAGGGAAGGAGGUUCAUAAUUGUGCAAUGCAAUAUCAUAUUGACUCAGAUACUAUAGUUGCUACUUCUCUUAUGACAAUGUAUGUAAAAUGUGGAGAGUUUGGAAAAGCCAAUCGAAUUUUUAGGGCGCUCAAGGAAAAAGAUUUGAUUGCUUGGUCUGCUUUAGUUGCUGCAUUUGUACAAUGUGGGCUCCCUGUAGAAGCAGUAUUGCUAUUUCGUGAAAUGGUGCAUGAGAAGCUAAAACCAAGUAGUGUAACUCUGUUGAGCAUCUUUCCAGCUUGCGCAGAACUUUCAUCAGGGAAACCAGGAAAAAGCAUUCACUGUUAUUGUCUUAAAGCAGGUACUGAUUCAGAAGUUGCGGUUGGGAAUGGCCUAGUUUCAAUGUACGCUAAGCAGGGGUUGUUCACUCAGGCUCUGGCCUUCUUUUAUAGAAUGCCGAGCAAAAACAUAGUUUCCUAUAAUUCACUGAUAAGUGGAUAUUCUCAGAGUGGCAACAUAUGUCAAGUGAUGAAAAUAUUCAUUGAAUUACUAACUUCAGGGUUAAAACCUGAUUUUGAAACAAUGGUGAGUGUGAUCCCAUCUUGUGCACUUUCUCAAAAUCUAAAACAAGGGACAUGUGUUCAUGGCCUAAUUAUAAAAGGUGGAUUAUCAUCUGAGUGUCAUGUAAAGAAUGCUUUGAUUGACAUGUAUGGCAAGUGCAACAGGCUAUGUUCAGCUGAGAAGUUAUUUAAUGAAAUGGACUCCAUCAAAGACGAGGUUACUUGGAAUGCCAUAAUUUCCAGUUAUGUGCAUAACAGGAAGUCCAAAGAAGCUCUUUAUGCCUUUUGUCGGAUGAAAUCUGAAGGACUACAGCCUUCUGCAGUUUCUAUGGUAAGUGUCCUUCCUGCAGCAGCAGAUCUAACUGCUCUCCCAGAAGGUAUGGUACUUCAUGCCUGUACAACAAAAAUGGGGUUUCAGUCCAAUACACACAUUAGUAAUAGUCUUAUUGAUAUGUAUGCCAAAUGCGGACACUUUGAUUGUUCAGAGAAAUUAUUUGAUGAGAUGAAAAACAAGGAUACAGUAACAUGGAAUACAAUGCUUGCUGGGUAUGCCGUUCAUGGGCAUGCAGCUCGUGCUGUUGAACUUUUUUCACAGAUGCAAUGUGAUAAUGUGAUGGUUGACUCAGUGACUUUUCUGAGUGUCCUGUCAGCAUGCAGACAUGGUGGUUUGUUAGAAGAAGCAAGAAGAAUAUUCAAUUCCAUGCAUGAAAAGUUCCAUCUUGAACCCAACUUGGAGCACUAUGCUUGCAUGGUUGAUUUGUUGGGCCGUGGUGGUCUAUUUAGUGAAAUAACAAACCUCCUGAAUCAAAUGCCAGUCGAACCUGAUGCUGCUGUUUGGGGAGCUUUAUUGGGCGCAUGUAGAAUGCAUUCUAAUUCAGACUUCGCAGAAAUGGCAUUGAACAAGUUAGUGGAACUUGAGCCUGGAAACCCAGCACAUUUUAUUGGUUUAUCAAAUAUUUAUGCUCAAUCUGGUAGGUGGGUUGAGGCUAAAAAUAUGAGGUUGAAACAAAGUGAUGCUGGGCUCAAGAAAAUUGCGGGAUGCAGUUGGGUUUAGGUCAAGAAAACUUUUAGAUUUCAGAAAGAUACUUGAAGCUGGUAGCUCUGAGCCUCUGAUGAGAGCAUGUAACAGAAUUUUGUGGUUACUUCCACACCAAUCUGUGAGAAAGUGAGCUCUACACAUUUCUUUAUGCACUCACAGAAGAAGAUUGGCCGUGACUUUGCUCACCAAGGACCAAAACCAUUGUUCAGAUAUGUAUUAUUACAAGGAGAAGACAGCAGGAAUUGCAGCCUAUUAUAAAACACGAAGAUAUAACAGUUGUAUGAUAUUACCAUUUAUGCUGAACAGCAGCCAACAAUAAUGGAGUGUCUUAUCAGUUUUUCAGAAAGUAUGAUUAAAACAUCAGUGAGUUGGCUGUUACUGCGUCAAUAAUGCUGCAAGCAUGAAGCACAUCCGCAGCAAAUUUUUGCAUAAGCUUUGGGAGUAUUCUGUCUGUAGUGCCAUAGUUUGUCAAUCUAUUAUUGCAUUUGAUGCUAAAAAAAUGUACAUGCUUGAAAAUACAGAUGGAAAGGAUGACUCUAUAAAAGCAAGAAGCUGUUUGGACAGGAUUGCUCUGAAAGUUUUUUUUUAUUUUUAUUUAUUAUACAACAGUUUGCUCUGAAAGUUGAUAUGAUAUAAGUGAUGUUUAUGUAUCCAUAUAUGUUGAGAAGGAAAACAAUUGGCAUGUAUUGGUAUGGGACUUUUAGAUGUCAGUUUUUCUCCAAAUGAUGUAAUGGAAAAAAAAGUUGAUUUUGUAAAGGAUUUAUGAAGAAUGAUGAAUCUAUUGUUUAUAUAUGCAGAAGUACAUAUUAUUUAUUUAUUUACUUAUAAGUUUAAUUAUUUUUGCCUAUUGGAUAUCAAAAGUUUAUAAAGCAUAGGAUUGUGUAGGCAUGAGUCAUAUGAUCAGAUCAAUAAAAAAAAACAUUUAGAGCAUAGAGCACCUUAAAAAUCUCAAAUACAUAUACUCCAUAAUAUUUUGGGAAAUUCUUUUUGGUAACACUGUAGUUUUUAAUUUUCUCAGUGGUAAACUACGAAAAUUCUUAUUAUUCUUGGUAAUUUUGAAUUUUUUAUAUUAAGCUAACCAUAACAUUAAUGAUAAAUUGUAGUUAAAUACCUAACUAUAGUUAGUUUAUUUAUUUAUUUAUUGAUAUUUUUUUACUUUAAAAAAAUAGAAAUAACGUUUUUUAAACAAAAAAAAAAAGCCACCCCUUCCCCCUCCGGCCAGCCACUACUCUACGCCUCCACCCACGCUAACGCCCAGCCUCUCUGUCGCUGGCGCGCCGGGCUCCCCUCCCCCUGAACUGGCAGCAGCCACCACUGCCCACCACUGGCCUUGACCGAAUCCCCUUCCCCAAACAAUCCCUUAAAAUUUCCCCAAUUUGAACCUCCAUAACUCAGCUCCGCAAUUUCAACCUUCACCUUCACCUUUAAUUUCGCCGGAAUCUUUUUUCAACCUUCACCUUCA